CUCCGCGAUCUAAGUAUCUUGGUGCCAAGAACUAGGUACCUAUACUAUCUUUAUAUUCUGGUCUGGGCAUUCCCACCUAGCUCCGACGACCUGUUUAUUCUUCCAUCUCACUUCAGCCCUCGCCCUAGAAAUUCUCAACAAUACUACCCAACAUGGUUGUCAAUCCCAAAAAGAACUCCUUCGGAGACGAAAUCACCGUCUGGACAGAGUUUCAGCUACCCAAGAGCGAAAAGUUCAGGGGUAAGAAAUGGUCCGAUUUCUUCCUUCUCAUUCGGACGACACCUGGGCAGGGCUACUCCUGGUGGGGCCCGGUGCUAGAGCGUCAAGAUCCUUAUAAUAAUACUAUGCUUCUGGUGCAAGUUUAUGCAUCACAUGAGGCACUAUUGCAAUUUAGAGAAUCGGACCAGUAUGAAAAAUAUUGGUCAAUCCUCUCGGAAGUCUCGGGCCCCAAGGUUCGCUUAUUCCGUGCGCGCUCUCUAAGGCUUUUGACCUCUCUGAGAAAAGGCACUGCGCUAGUGACUGCCUAUUUCCCGUGGCCUGUCAGCCAGUCGCAGAGGGAAUCGGUCAUUAAACUCGAGGGGAUCUGGGGUUUUGGUCUCGGGAUGAGAGCAGCUCAUCUUGCUCCUAUGCAUCAUCCUUACAAUAUCAAAUUGUGGGCAAUGGAACCAGAGCAGAGAAAUGGCCAGAAGGUACAGGCUAUGGUCUGGUUGCAUCCAUGGAAAGAUGCUGAGAAAGAGCGCAAACAUAAAAGCCAGGAGGCUUUCUUCGAAGCUCUGCGUAGAAACAUGAAUAAGGAGGACUUGACAGGUAUGGAGAAGGUCUAUCAAGGACUAGAAGAUACAGGAGCUAUUGAGUACAUAGAAGAACAUUGCGCGUUUGAACUUAUUCCCGAUGUGAAUGUGGCCAGGGAUAGGUCACUGGACUCCGAAGGCAGUGAUGGAGAUACAAGUGUACAUAUUAUCUUCUCUCUAUUUGCGUGUAUUUCUCUGCUUUUAUGUUUAUGGCGGUUCUGUGCUAGCUUGUCAUGAAAGAGUCACAAUCUUUGCCGAACCAUCCUCAAAACUCCAUUUCUGUCCUCUGCAAGAAAUACCAAUAUCCGACGCAAAACCAAACAUGGUUUUCUGAGUUUCUAUGAACGAGCUCUGUAUAAGUAUAACCUGCGGGGUUGCCA